AUGUUUUGUGAUAAUAUUGUUACUGUUUUAUUUGUUACCGUAUUUGUCGGUUACUGUAUGUGCAGCUAUGGUGGCGGUGGCGGCGGUUCUUCAACGAGCAAACGCCAACAGGACGAUCACGGAAACUAUAUGUUCAACUAUGAAAUCAAAGACGCCAAGGGUGGCCAAAACUACCGGAGCGAAAAAGGAGACGCUCACAAUAAUGUCCAGGGAUCGUAUGGUCUGCACGAUGUCGACGGCCGUAUGCGUGUUGUCGACUACUGGGCCAGCAAACAGGGGGGCUUCUCGGCUAAAAUCCGAUCCAAUGAACCGGGAGUUGGCAACGCUGAUGCCGCACACGCAACAUAUAACGGUGUAGAUCAGGGACAUGGACAACAAUCACAUAUGGAUAUUAAUCACUCAGAUAUGGGCAGCAAAUACGGUGGUGGAGGCAGUGGUGGAUAUGGAGGCGGCAAAUGGUAA